CCACAGGCACAUCUUUAAGCGGUUGAAGUUCCUGGGCAGUAAAAUGCUCUCCCAGGGCGUGACGCUGCUCUUCCUGGCCGUCUGGCAUGGUCUGCACUCCGGCUACUUGAUGUGCUUCUUCAUGGAGUUUGUCAUCGUUUACCAUGAGACACAGGUACUGCAGCUCAUUGAAGACAGCCCGCUGCUGACCAGGAUCACCUCCAGGUCCGAGCUCACUCCUGUCCUCUACGUUCUCCAGCAGUCGUUUCACUGGCUAUUUAUGGGUUACCCGCUCAUCCCCUUCUGCCUCUUUACCUGGGACAAAUGGGUCCAGGUAUACAAGUCGGUGUAUUUUGUAGGACAUGUAAUCUUCUUCUCCCAGAUAUUGCUAAUGCCUUCAUACCGGAAACUGCUUGUGCCAAAGAAACAUCUAAAACACCAAUAGGAAGGUGCCUUUGCUGCCGUCUCAACACCGGUCAGUGCCCCGCCGAACAUCUCAAGUGCUCGAAUCAACUCAGACGAUUGUAGGAGGGAAGGAGAGGAAGUGGCGCCUACAGCUCGAUCGGCCUGUCUUUCCGUCUCUCUCUCUCUCUCUCUCCCCAACCAACAACCCCCGCCCCACCCCCAUCCUCCUCCCGCCCCACCCCCUCCAACACCUCCGACGCCCUUGUUCGUCGGAAGGGACGUUCCUCCGUUUUAUAACGUGCUCUUGAGAGUCGGGAUUGCGAGGGCGAGGGGUUUGGGGAGGAGGUGGUGGGGGGGGGGUAGAGGAGGGAGGA